ACCACUACUCAUUUUUACUAUAUAUGACAAGAUAUCAAUAACAGAUGAAUGGUUUAUAUAAAUAUAUAGUACAAACAAUCAUAAACUGUGAGAUUUACAAUGACCACGCAUGUGCAAACCUUUUUUUUCUCAGAGUAACCAACAACGAUGACGUUAGCACAAGUGUCUCAGUGGCAGGUAGCCGCUGAACAAUUUUAGCCACCAGCGUUGAGUGAAUCCUUAGUAUUAGCGGCACCGAUCUCGCGGAAACAUCAAAUGCUCUCGAAACGGAGGAAACGAUCAUUACUCAAAACAGUAUCGCGACGCGACUCGAUUUUACGUAAUCAGGACGUUAUUAUAUUUUCGAAUUUCGUACCAAUUCUGACCGUGUGCUAAUUUUUAGUGGAAAUGAUUCCGCUUUUCUUCAAUCGGGCGCGACUCUUUCUCAACCGAUAUCCGGUGGCACGUGGGAUGGUCACCUACAGCCUUCUGUGGCCCGCGGGCUGUCUCAUACAACAGUCAGUCACCGGAACGAGUUGGAGAGAUUACGAUUUGAAAAAAUGUUUCAGGUUCUUCAUAUACGGCGGUUUUAUCGUAGCUCCGAGUCUAUAUUGUUGGAUUCGCCUAGCCUCGGUUAUGUGGCCGGCACAAACUUUAAAAUCAGCCAUAGCUAAGGCAGUUACCGAACAGGUCAGCUACACACCGAUGGCAAUGACGUUGUUCUACUUUGGCAUGAGCCUGCUGGAAUCGAAAACAGUGGAAGAAGCCUUUGCGGAAGUGAGAGCUAAGGUUCCCCCGACUUAUAAGGUCGCGAUCUGCAUAUGGCCCCUACUGCAAACGUUUAAUUUCUCCAUGGUUCCCGAAAAGAAUCGUGUCCCCUUCGUGAGCAUGUGUAGCUUACUUUGGACUAUCUUUCUAGCCUACAUGAAGCAGUUGGAACUCGAAAAGUUGCAGCAAAAGAACAGUUUGAUAAUACCGAUAAUACCAAAGUAAGAUUAAAAUUACUUUUACAAAA